AUGUUUCCUUUUUUGUUCAAUAAUUACAACUUACAAGCAUGCGACUGUGCCUGCAAUAGAUGCAACAAUCCUCAACCGUGCUGCAUCCAAUUCUGUACGAAGUGUGAACAAGAAAACGAACAGUCUAGUUUUUUGUUUUACCCGUAUCCGUAUGUUAUUUUUGCUAACAUCACGAACAAACCUACAGAAGCUGCUAUAAAAACAGAAGCUACUGCUACAACAAAAGCUACUACAACAACAGAAGCUACUACAACAACAGAAGCUGCUACAACAACAGAAGCUACUACAACAACAGAAGCAACGACAACUACGACUGUGGAGACUACUACGAUUCACCAGGCAAUGACUACGGUAUUAACAGAAAACGUAACUUUCGCAUUGGAUUCAGAGGAAAUUCGUAAUUAUUUUAUGAACAAUCACAAACCAAUUUUGAAACAGGACCCUAGUAACUACAUGCUUACAGCACUAAGGCGUACCAAGCCAAGAUGGAUGCCGAAAUACGGUAUAGUGCCAAUUCCUGAUCAACUUGCGGAAAAUUUAAUGUUACGCAUUAGACAAAUGAAAGUAUUGCACCCGGAAAAGGAUGCUAUGAGGAAAAUAGAAAAUCUAAGAUAUCCUUACUCAAAAUAA